CCCCGGUGGACUGUUCUAUACCUCCUGGUUUCUAAAAGAGACACAUACCAAUUUUGAAAGAAUUUCUAAUUAAGACCCUAGAUACAUCCGCUUCAUUCGAGGCUUCAGAAAUCCGACUGCAGGGCAGGAGUGCAACCCCAGCCCUCGAAGCCUAGGAAGGCCGGCUCGUACCGCCUUAGAGGAGUCUGGGGGCAGCCCCGCGGCGGGGGCGGUACCGGCGGGCUGUGGCCCCGCCCCCGGGCCGCCAUUGCCGGGCCUGUCGGACCGAGCUGCGCAUCUCCGUCUCCCCUCGCGAGCGGAGCCGGGCGACCGGCCUGACAAGGCUGCCCACAACCCAGCUUGCAUCGCCCCACCGGCCAGGCAAGUCUCCACCAGCUAACCGGCGUCGUCCGUCCCCAGCCUGGGAAGGGCGACCUGAGCACGGGGCCUCCCAUGGGAGGAGGCCUCCGUCCGGGCGAACCAGCUUUACUUCCCGGCUCCAGGGGCUCCCGUGGGCACGGCCGUGAGCCGACGGGUUCCUGAGGACCUUCUUGUCCCGACAGGGCCUUUCUGCGCGUGCCCGAGGAGCCUGGCCAGGUGGUUGGACGAACAAGCCGGUGCACCGGUCGCGUCCACCCAGCAGCGAGGACCAAGCACAGGCUCACGCUUGUGUUUUGUUGCCCCCAGAGUGCAGGGUCCCCAAACACUGCACCUGCCGACGACCCCAACCCCGCGGGAGAAGUGGACAUGAGGUUGGCAGGCCCCCUCCGCAUUGUGGCCCUGAUUGUCACCGUGGGCCUCACCUGGAUCGUGGUCAGCAUUCUCCUAGGUGGGCCUGGCAGUGGCUUUCCUCGUAUCCAGCAACUCUUCUCCAGCCCAGAGAACUCAGCAACUGCAGAGCCACGAGCCAGGAAGUACAAAUGCGGCCUGCCCCAGCCAUGUCCCGAGGAGCACCUGGCCUUCCGCAUGGUCAGCGGGGCCGCCAAUGUCAUCGGACCAAAGAUCUGCCUCGAAGAUAAGAUGCUCAUGAGCAGUGUCAAGGACAACGUGGGCCGUGGACUGAACAUCGCCCUGGUGAACGGGGUCAGCGGUGAGCUCAUCGAAGCCCGGGCCUUUGACAUGUGGGCAGGAGAUGUCAACGAUCUGCUGAAGUUUAUUCGGCCACUGCAUGAAGGUACCCUGGUGUUUGUGGCAUCGUACGACGACCCAGCCACCAAGAUGAACGAGGAGACCAGGAAGCUUUUCAGUGAUCUGGGCAGCAAGAAUGUGAAGGACCUGGCCUUCCGGGACAGCUGGGUGUUUGUGGGGGCCAAGGGCGUGCAGAACAAGAGCCCCUUUGAGCAGCACGUGAAGAACAGUAAGCACACCAAUAAGUACGAAGGCUGGCCCGAGGCCCUGGAGAUGGAAGGCUGCAUCCCCAGGAGGACGACGGCUAGCUAGCCGGCCGAGCACAGGGACCGGGCUGAGUGGGGCUGCGUGUGCCUGGCCAGGAGAAGGCGGUGGCGGCGCCGGCGUGAGGCUGAGGCCUGACCCCACGCCCAGCCGGGAGUGCUGUCUUGCCCCAACACCUCGGGGCUCCGAAGCGGUGACGGGACCAGGUGUGACCGGUGGUGGGGGUCUCUUUGUAAAGCUGCUUCCCCGGGUCAGCCCCGCCUGAUUCCCAAGCACCCGUGGUCACAAGGGCCCCGGGUGCUCGCCCCUUGCUGCGCCAAGUCUGGUAGCAGCUCCACAGUGGGUCGGGGCAUCUUCCAGAACCUCUCCAUCCCAGAGCCGCUCGAUGCUCUUGGGGCUGAUCCUGUUUCCAGGGUGAUUCCUUCAGAUGAGCCACACCCGGCUGCCUCCUGCGUCGCGCUCUUCGGGAAGGGGCCUCGUCGGAGCCGAGCCAGCCGGGGCACCAAAGUCGCCUGAUCACCGGCCCUGUCGCAGCAGAUGGCGGCUCCCAUGCUUUGUCGGGGGCCCACCUUCCAGAUGACCUCUCAAUAAAUUAGUGGCCCCAGUGGAAUAAAGUGCAUUAAGUGGGGA